UGUGAGGCCUGGAAGAGAAGGAAGGAAAGGAGGGGAGAAGGGAAGCUCCUUGGUAGGUUAGGUUUUGGGGGGCAGGGGAGAGGCAUUGUUUUUUUGGUAGUGGCAGUGAGAAUCCUGAAUGGAUCUAAUCUAGGGCUAGGGGAGCUCACUGAACGUGUCCACAUCAGAACCCACUUUGUCUCUCUUAAUCUGGGCAGCUCUGGCGGAGGACUGGACCGGUAGUAACUGAUGAUGAUCUAGUCCAUGAGCAAGUGGUCAGGGAAUCCCACCCACUGAGUGAAGAGUUGCUGCAGCUCCCUCCCUGCUUUGGAGGAGGGCGGGAGGCGGGGUUAAGUUUGGUGGGAAACGCUGUAAUUUCCUUUUUCGCUUUCACGGCAAUAGUGCACAAUCCAGAAUGAAUAUCUUCUUUGUAGCCAUCCUUGCUGUGCCACUUAUCCUAGGACAAGAAUAUGAGGAUGAAGAAGUACUGGAAGAGGAUGAUUAUUAUCAGGUGGUCUAUUAUUACACAGUCACCCCCAAUUAUGAUUUAGUGCUACCUUUUUCCUUGUUACCACUGAUUUUUUCCUCCUCCCCAGAUGACUUUGGUGUAAAUUUCACUGUUGAUUACUCCCUGUUUGAGUCAGAGGACAGGCUGAACAGGUUGGAUAAGGAGGUAAUGGAACCAGCAGAGACUACCAUUAGUCGUGAAACAGAACAUGCAGACCAUCAGAAGCCUGUAACGCUGAAACCAGUGACAAUGGAACCAAGUCCAGAUCUGACUGAUGCUGCAUCCAGUCUGCAGAGUCCUGUUCCCCUCCUCCUGUCCUGGGCCCUCGUUCAGGGCAGGAUGUAUUUCACGUAGAAGGAGAGAGAAGGCUGCUACGACUCUUUGGAUGGGGAUUUGGGAAGAUGAAAUUGGAAGAUAAAAUAAAUGAAAUAAUCUGGUUACUCUCUA